UAUCUACAUCGUUAAGCUGGAAGAUUUAAAACGCCUAGCUAGCCCACAGAGGAAAGCAUAGAUAACCCGAAUAAGGUCCAUAAAGAUUGUAUAUAUUUAGCAUACACACCAAUGGAAUUUGCCAGCAGCAAAUGCGUUGAUUAUCGCAUGGAAUUGAGCACAAAAGAUGCGUGAGAUGAAGGCGUCGCUGCACUUUGACCAUCUGAUAAGCUCAGAUGUUUACGUUCGCCUUGUCUUUUAGCAGUCUGCUGAUGUCAGUCUCGAUCGUGGAGCAGCUACGAUGGCCACGCACGAGAGGAGCUGCAAGCACUUCAGGGAGCUGGUCGUUAAACAGCGCCCUGGGUUGCUCCACAUCAACUUCCAGCGGCGAUGGAAUCGCCGCACCAUCUACGAGCUGAUGCGCGCGCUGGAUCUGGCCACUGCGGAUACCGGUGUCCAGCUGGUGGUGUUGUCGGGAGAGUUCUGUGCAGGAUGCGACGGCGAAGCGGAAUCGCUGGCCCUGAAACAGGGUCAGGAGAAGAGAAUGCGGCAGAUGGCGGGCCAGCAGGAAGCGGUGGGCACCAACGAUGCCGAGGAGCAGUAUAUUCACGAGAGGGCGGCAAACUUUGUGAUGCGCUCACUGGCCAAACAGCUGCUGGCGCACCGUAAGCUCCUGGUGGCCUUUGUCGAGGCCCAAUGUUUGGGUUUAGGCCUCAGCGUGUGCAGCCUGUGCGACCUGGUCUUCGCCACUCCGUCCGCUGCCUUUGAGCCCGCCUUCUCGCACAUGGAUGCUUGCACCAAGGUGGGCCCCGGGUGGACUGUGCCCCACGUCAAUUGGCUGCUGCGCCUGGGCGAUCGGGCGGAUGCCAGCACUGCCCUCCACAGCGGCCUCGUGGCCAGCGUGGUGAGUGAUCCGCAGGUUUUCUGGCGUCGCAUGGAUCAGUAUUCGCUCCUGCCCACCGCCUCCUUGCUGGCAACGAAGCGUCUCCUGCUCCGUCCCUGGCGGGAACCCCUGUUGGCCGAGCUGCAAUCGGAAGGCACUCCGAUGGCUGCGCAGCGACGACGCCUGGCCAGAAACAAGCUGUAGG